AUGGAAGGGGCUUUGAAAGAGCUAGAAGCAACUUUGAUGGCCAUGAAUGAAGAAGUUGAGAAGCUCAAAGAGGACGUUGUUGGUGGGUUUCUUGAAGGAUUCGACAACUUCAGAGAGCAACCCAAGCCAAUUUUUCCUGAAGAAGGAGCUCAUGAGGAGCCACCAGAUACCCCAAUUAAGGGAGCUGUUGGGGAAAGUCAGCAAAAAGA